AUGGCUUCGUAAAAAAUAGUUCACUUGAUACCAUACAACUAUUCAUUAAUUCAUCAUAAUCCUGGUAUUCCCUUGACAGCUAACAAGCAGCCAAUCUAUGCUUUGGCUAACGACUAGCCAGUUAUCCAUUCAAAUGUUACUCAGAGUAAUUUGGAUUCAAUUGUAAAUGAGGGACUGCUUCUUCAACUAACGGAUUGUGAUACCUUGGAUGAAAUAAGAGUAAUCUCACUCAGGAACAAGGAUCUUACCAGCUGCUUAAGAGUACUUGCUCUCUGCUAAAAUCUAACAAUCGCCUAUUUACAAGGUAACUCAAUUAACCUCCAUGACAUGAUGUACUUGCAAAUGUUCCAGAACAUCAAGAAAAUAGAUUUGUCUUAAAAUUCUAUAAGUGCAUUACCGAGUCCCUAAGUUUUUCAAGGACUUGUUAAUUUGAAAUUCUUGUAUCUUCAUGAUAAUCGAAUUAGUAACUGGAAUGAUAUUACCUCCCUGACUGCUCUGCCCUCUAUUAUGCAUAUCACAUUAUUUUCAAACCCGGUCUGCUCGAUUCCAGGUUACAGACAUUUCAUGGUGAAUUCCAUAAACUCUUUGCUCGCUCUUGAUAAUUAUGUGAUAACUGACGAGGAAAGAAUUGAGGAUGCUUCAUUCGGAUAUAGAUUUAGAGGGUUAAAUGAGUUUAUGAAGUUGCACAUUCCUGAUUAUGCAAAGGAAAAAUCAGCCGAGCAACAUUUAUUCAACCUGGAGGUUGAUAUUUAUCGUCUUAAGAGAAUUUUUGAAAGGAAUUCUCCAUCAAUACUUAUUUAAGCAUUAUAUAGAGGUUACAGAUAGAGAAAUUAUGUUAGAGUAUUCUUCAAUGAAAGAAAGCAAAAGAUUAUCAAGAUACAGAAGGUUGUAAGAGGCUGGCUUAUGAGAAAGAAAUUUAAGAAAGAUCUUAGGGAUAUGCUAGUGUACACUAAAUAGGAAUAUCUAAUGAUGAGUAAUAAAGAAUUAAGGAAGAGAAGAGCUGGUAUGAGAAUUAAAAGAUUUAUUGUUUAGAAAUUUAGAGAGAAGAAAUUGAGAGAGCUGAAGGAAAGAAGCAGUUUGAUUAUUUAAAAGUAUUACAGGGGAAGAUUUACCAAAAAUACUAGCUUCAUCAAUGCUCUUGAACUUUCGAAAUAUCCAAAGAUCUAUUUCCUUAAGGAGUAAAAGCCGAUGUUUAUAAAGAUUUUGAAAUAGUUGAUGCCUUUAUUUGAGUAGAAAAAUAAUCUAAAGCUGGAGGAGCUUGUUGCUUGCAUUAAAGAAGAUAAUCUAUUUGACACAAUUAGAGUUGCUGAACCUGAUCUUUUUGAGUUCAAGUAGUUUCCUCUAAUUUAAUUCGUUAAACCUACAAUUCUUUCAAGAGUGAGAUUUAGCAAGAAUAGAUAAGUAAUAAAUGAGGACUUUACACUUAAAAGCAUAUUCUUUUCUCCUAUCAAAGAAAUAACUGAUCACAGAUGGAAAGUACUUUUAAAAAGAAAUUGUACUGUUUUUAAAGAUAAUAUAAGAAGAGUAUUGGAGCAAAGAAAAAAAGCUAACAUGAAACAUUAAUAUAUGUUCCAAGAUUAGUAUAAAGAUCUAUUAGCUUUUGAGGGGCCAUCUCUUGAUAUAGUUGUAACACUUUGCUUUGCGAUAUUUGAUAACAACAAAUUAGCCUAAUAAGAAGGUGACUAGUAAUUUCUCUUAUUCUUCGAAACUUUACUCAGGAAAAUAAGUUCAGCUUCAAGAAUUUAACAAUCUUGGAGAGCCUACAAAUUUAGAAAGAAUAUAAAAAAGUUGCCAAUAAUGGAAAUUAUUGACAAGAGAGCAGCCUUUUGUAUUCAAAGAUGGUGGAGUAAUACUAAACUGAGAAAGAGGAUGGUGGCGUUGACGAAUUUGAAGAGACAUAUAGAUAAAAUAUAAAGUCUUGAAAUUUUCAUUGAACAAUCCUUGUAUGUUAAUAUUGAGCAAAUAGUCUCCACAAUAUAAUAGCAAUAGAAGUUUGAAGAGCAAAACUUCAGUUUUGACUUUAGCAUGCUAAAUCAUCAAAUCUCACUUAAACAAGCAGAGAAAGAUAAACUAAGACUUAGAUAUACAUCUUAAGCCAUACCUAAAUGGUUUGAUUUGAACUUUAGGAUAACAGACUUUUCUUCCACUAAUCAUCACAAUAAUUUGCUUGCAUUUUUCCAUUAUAAUGAAGGUGAUUGCUAGAUUUUACCAAUUAACUAUGUGAUUGAUUAUGAAAAAAACUAGUUAGACAUCGAUAGAAAUCUCUACUUCCUAAAAAUGAAAUGCUCAUCAAUUGAUGAAGCGAGGCGAAGAGUACUGACUAUGGCUUUACUCACCUAUGAUAUUCAUUAGCAUUUAUUCUUGCAAAUGCAUACAGCUGACAUGCUUUAAGAUCCAUUUAUGGUUAUGAACAUUUAUGCUAUUAAAAAGAGAUUUGGAAUCUCCUAGAAUCAUGAAUUAUCUCAAAGAUAAAAAUUAGUAGAUAUCAAGUCGAAUUUUUAUGAUCAGUUGAAAUAAAAUCAUUAGGGGUUGAUACUUAGUGAUAAAGACCUAAGGUAUGUCAAGAAUGCUUACUCCUUUAAGAAACUAUCUCUCUAAAAUCAAAAGGUAAUAAUGAUUAACUACCGUGAUUAGCAUGAAGCAAAUUCAAUGGAGUAGGAACUGAUGUAGAGAGAGUCUCGGUCUAUCUUAGAUCUGAGCAAGGAAGCACAAGAACUCAGUUUAUAUUAAAGCAAGAAGAUACAAAAAGAAGCUUAUAUGAUAUUGAAGGAGAGAAGAGACUAGACAGUAAAAUAAGGAGUUUGGGAAUUCAAAGAAUUAAAAGUAGGGCAAAAAACAAUGGCUAAAGAACAUUUGGAAAAAUUCCUAGAGGAAAAAAAAAAUGAGGUAAAUAAAGUUAGAGAAAUCUCAAAAAUCAUUCAUAAUGAAUAGAAAAAUGAAUUGUCAAAGAACCUAGCAGUAUUCUUAACGCUUAACAAAGAGGAGAAGAUUUUGAGAAGAGAAUUAGUAGAAAAGUAAAUGGAAGUGGACUACAAAGAAAAGUAUCUCAAAAAGAUGAAUGUAAUCCAGAUGCACAAAAACCACAAUUUAAAGAAGGAGGAGAAAGAGAAGUUUAUUAAUUCCUUUACAUAGGCCAAGAAUCUCAUUGAAAAAUAAAUGAAGAUUGGUAAAAGAAUCAAGGAUUAACAUUAAGAAAAAAAGGACAAAUUUGAAAGGGUAUAAAAGGUCAAGAAUGAUGCUCAUGAACGACCUGAGUUUAGACAAGUCUUGAAGAGUGUAGUUUAUGGAGAUACUCUCUACAUCCCCACAGAGUACUCUAGAGCCUAGAAUGCUAAUAAUGAGCUAAAAUCAUCAAAGAGGACUAUAUAAUUGACUAAUCCUCAUAAUAAUCAAACUGCAGUGACUAUGGCAGAUGAAAGCUACCAGUCUUAAAGUAGAUUAAAUGGAGCAAAAUCAGCAAACAGAUCCUAGAAUAGAUCUUACUUUUUGCCUCCUCUAAACGACUCAUCUAUAGACAACUAUCAGUCACAGAGACAUUAUACUGCUUUAAAUCAAGAUAUAAAUGCAACUUUUUAACUUCCAGAUAAUGAUUUAGGGCUUUCAAGAGACAUUCAAUAAAUUUACAAGAGUACGAUGCAGAAUAGAUCAUUUGUGAAAAACAGUUAUAAGAGAACAGUAUUUGCAGAAGAAAAUUAUCCUUUAGCUAAGGGCCUCAAUCAGAACGAAAGCUUUGACUAUGUUAUCAGUAAACAUAAGGGAGAAUUAAUCUUAAAAAGUGUCUUAGAUCAUAGUAAAUAUGUGAAUAAGCCUAAUAAAUUACAGAGCAAAAAUAGCUUGCAAAAAUACCAAUAUAAGAUUAAUAACAAUUGA